AUGGUCUCGGUCAGCAUAAAGGAUCCUGUUUAUAAAAAAGGAUAUGAGACUCACGAUAGUUUGCUGGAUCGAUUAGGCGCGCACACAUUCCGACCACCGAUCCGUACAUGUAUCCGCUCAGAAUGUCCGGACAACAACCGGGCUCUUACAGAUCCAGAGGAGGCACGGUGUAGCCUUUUCACAAUGAAUCGCGGGGUCCUGCCUGCUGUCACUUUGUCUUACUACUGCCGAGGUUGUCUCACUCGCUACUACCCGGACUGGUAUGUCCACAACGCCCAAUCCGAAGAUUCCGUGCGCAUAUACUACGAUCGAAGUUAUUACGAGAAAGGCGUACCCGAAAUAAUCCAUGUUCACGAGUCAGCCUUUGUGGACCGGUCCCUCUGCCUGUUCUUUGAAAAUGAGAUGAUCCUGUCACAGGUUUCGGCAUCCAAUAUUGCGACAGUUUAUACGUUGGCUACGGCGCCAUCUGCGUCUGCAGUUCCAGUCAAGUCUCCUCUGAAGAAUGAGCUUACGUACGAGACGGUUCACGACGCAUUCUUUCUCCACGCCCUCCUCCGUGAUAAGGCUACUUACGGUGGUCCCCCGCUUCAACUGCCUCACCGAGGCAAGCAGGAAAGUCGGUAUCAGGGCGCCCUCAAAGCUCGGAAUGAGUUGAUGUUACACAGGCGCCAAGAGAUGUGGGAUCACGCAUGCGAUGACUGCUUCAAAACUGUCAAAACCGCCGAUGGGAAGGAAGUCUUCUUGUCUGCGGGAGUGACUGACGGAGUUACAGUAGGCCAUCCGUGCUGCUCUGUUCUCAAUUGUCAGAUUCCUCUAGAGAGAGGGAAAGAUCGAUUUUGUCCGACGCACAAAGGACGGUCAGACGUUUGUGCAGUGGAAGGAUGCACGGAGUCGACGACACGAGGGUUUGUGACGUGCAAGAACGUGGAUCAUCGUCGUUGGGAGGCGAGUCAGCGUCUACCGGGAAGCACCUCGUAUCGUGUACUUAGGCGUCGCCAUGAGAAACAUACACAGCCGCCUGACCCAAACAUUUUGGAGAUGAAGGGAAGGACGUAUCGCCGGUGGACGCAUAACGAACAAUUGUACGUCUGUUGCUGUGGGGUGAUUAAGGCUAGAGCGACAUUCUUUGGUUCAGAAGGUGUCCUAGGCGUCAUUAUGUUUCUGAAACACACUUUCCCCUCCGAAUAUCCCGGUGCAAUGCCAUGUUACAUGUUCUUCGACAACAACUGCCAUCUUCUGGCCUCUCUGGAGAAGGCCAACGACCACUAUUUCGACAACGUAGGGCUACCCGUGGACGUCUUUCAUGCGCUUCACAAGCACAAGGAGAGUGACGACUACUGCCAGAGGAACUGCAACCCAUCGUGUUAUCCGGAUCUCGUGACAGCGAAUGGGGAGUGGAUUUUCAACUCGUCUGCAGCUGAGCAGAUCAACAAAUGGUUUGGCAACUUUCAGCGAAUGGUGCGGGAAUUUUCACCAGAAAGCAGAUACCAGUUCUUUCUGGACGAGGCCAUCACCUUGAAGAACCGCAUGACUGUGAGCAACCUCCAAAAGCAUGGGAAACGUGCAUUCAAGCUUCCAGAGGAGUUCCUUCGGGCCGCUCCAGAACGUGUGCAGACGUGA